AUGACAGGAAAAGAUAGCGACGAUUUCAACCGUUUAUAUGAACGAGUGGUGGUGCGGCGUACUAAGAAGAAACAAGUCAAACUAGAACCGACAAGUGGUAACAAUACCACCGAUAAAGAUGCUGAAACCCUGAAAGAAGUCUCCGAAGCUACAAAACUGGAAAGAAUCAGAAGAAAAGCUCAGCAGGAACAUGACGCGCGCAUAUCCAGGACUGUGAAGCGAUUGCGGCUUGCUAGGAAUCUACGCGGUCUUGCGCGAUUAAGUCGCUGCAGUCCCCAUCGUCUCGCAUUUCAACUUGUUGCUGCUACAGAACAGGACGAAGCCCUUUUUCUUCAGAGCUACAAGAGAAUUCAGCGACAUCGUCCACGGUUUGUGCAGAGGCGAGAGAGAUCCGUUUCUGGAAUCGUGAGUAGCAUGAGACUGGAACGAGUUGCUGCCAGAUUGUAUCUGGAUCAAGCUGUUAACUUUAGACCGGAUGCAGCGACGACACUUGAGGGUAAACAUCGUAUCAUGGACGAGAUUUUGUUCUUCUCGCCUCCAAACGCAAAUUUCCUUUCCAGAAUUGGAUACGCGGAAAGCUACAAUGUGGUGCCUGCUCCACCACUACGACGCACUAACGUGCGUGCAAUGCUGCAUGACGCAAAUUAA